AUGCCACUUUCCAGCAACGAUAGAUCUAAGCCCGACAGUGUGACCCUCAACAAAGACCAAGUCACUCUUCUUGCGGAGGUUUUACAACGCGUUCAGCCAGCUAAUCUCCUUCCUCCAGAAGAUUGGAAUGAGAUUGCAAAUCUGACGGGUGCUACAAACAGCAAGGCAGUAAAAGAGCGAUUGCGAUACCUGACCUGUGCUCUCAGUGGUCUAUCAACAAAGCCAUCUCGUGCCAAGGGGAAAGCAACCAUUUCUGCUCCAGCUUCGCCCGCUACCAAGCCCGCACCAGCUUCAAAAGCAACCAAGAGAGCACCCAUGAAGCGCAAAAGUGCUAGUCAGGUCGAGCCUCUUGUGCUCACGCACGAACCAGCUCCCAAGCGACGCAAGACGUCCACAGCAGUCGAGGCCACGAUUCCAGAAUUUAGGAAUACGAAGAGUCCUAGUAGAUUGGCAGAAGAGUUCAGAGACGAAGAGGAUGGAAAAGAAGACAACUACGCAACUGAAGAAGGCAUCCUGCCUGUCCAAGAUCGAGUCAUUGGCAGCAGCUGGGACUUUUCAGACAAUGCAUACAACCUAUCCGAAUACAUGGGGCAGACAGCACCAGUUCUACGACUGCCUGGAUAUCCGGCUGUGGACGACAUUGGCCUUGACCCGGACCUACUGGGGGCCAACGAGCACAACAACUUUGGCCCUUAUGUCGAAGAUACUCAGUUUGGAGAACAUUUCGACCAAUGGCUUCCAUGA